AUGACCGAAAGCGUUGGAGCUAGCACCCCGACGGGGGGCCGCAGUGACAAAGUGACGUUUUAUUCUCGUCUCGUGAAGGAGGUGCAAGGCAUUGUUGAGUUCCCCAGUAAACGUUUGGCACCUGCCGCCAACGCAAUAAUUAACCUCAGUAACGUUGCGGCGUCACUUUUCUAUGGAUUGAAUCGACACGCAAACCCCGAGGCCGUCUUGCAGUCGCCACCCGUCAAUUGGCUCGGGUUUUAUCUCAUGCACGGCCCGGAGCUUCUGGCGUUGGGUCCUUUUCAGGGUCGGCCGGCCUGCACGGAAAUAAAAAUGGGUCGCGGUGUUUGUGGGACGGCGGCACAGCAGGCGAAGACGCUUGUCGUUUCCGAUGUCCAUGAAUUUCCGGGCCACAUUGCCUGCGACUCGGCUUCAAACUCUGAGAUUGUGGUCCCAAUCAAGUCGGCAGCGGGGGAAGUCGUAGGUAUCAUAGAUGUGGACAGCACGCAGCUGAACUUCUUUGACGAUGUGGAUGCACAGGGACUGCAGGAAGUAGCAGAAAUUGUAGCGAGGCACGUUGACUUCUCCGUCUUUCAUCAAUUUUGCACACAAAUGCCUCUAGCGGGUACUGGCCCCAGUGCGCCUGAGAAGCCGACCGCUAAUGUGGGUGCCGGAUCUGAAACCCAACCGUCGGUAUUACCAUCUAACGACGGCACUGACAAGAACAUCAAGGACAAGGUUUGCCUUACAGGAUCAGCUGUUGCCGCCCUUUGUGCCUCUGGGCUGGCUGCGAAGGCAGUGACAUUACCCCCAAGCUGUAAGUUGUCCGCGGCCACCAUCAUGCCUUUAUCAAACCACGCGGUACAGGGACAACGCGAAGCUUCGUUAGAGGAGGGCCGGCCAUUAGUACAGGCGUCACCGAGACGCUGGUCGGUGGAUAUUAGCGGGUGGGAAUUUGAGGGGACCGACUUCACGCGGAUAUUGACACAAGAGGAACUAAAGCAAUACGAGGAGGAGCUUGGCAUUGGCUCCAUACCAGAGCUACAAUUCCCCUUCAACACUCUCCAUAUCACACCUGUCGCCCGCCAUGGUAAAGUUCCACUUUUGAGUUUCUCCCUGAAAGAUCUGUUACGUGCAGCCGCUGCAUAUUACAAAACUGAGUCUUAUCGCGAAACCACCGUUCCUCAGCUUGUUAUUCCUGUCUCUGAAACGUGGAAGCGCACCCCAUACGCGGUGUUUGAUGCGAAGGUUGACUGGGCAUGGCGAAACGACUUUUUUGGCUUUGACAAAAGCUCUUGUACGUUGAAGCCGCUGGAGCCCACGAUGCCUGGCUUAAACUGGGAUCUGUUGAGAGAUCGUACGCUUCCCAUUCUCUUCUUUCACAACUUUGACAUGUUGGAAGAUGACCUGCACGACCACGGUGUGGUGAAGAGUUCUGUUCGAAUCCGAGCUAUGCCCACGGCCUUCUUCAUCCUUCAUCGCCACUUUAUACGUAUCGAUCACUACCGCAUUUGGAUUCGUGACGUGCGCAUCUUUCAUCAGUACGAGGUGCGGCGCGAGAAUGGGGAACCACACAUUGUUGUGCGUGAAGAAGUGCGGCUGCUUGACAUUAACAACGAUGUGCAGUGGAGUGAGAAGGAUUCCGAUGAAUGCGCCCAGUUGGCGAAACUUGAGAGUGAACAGGAGUACUACGUGAGUUUUGACAGGGAUUCGGCGGGACGGGGAUGGUGGAACACUAUUAACACAUCGUAG